UGAGAAAGCUCAAGAAUAGGUAGCAAGAAUCGGAAUAAAGUCUAUUCUGACAUCGAAGAUAUUCAUUAAAGCUCCAUUGCAAUCAUGUACGCCUCUCACUUCUCAAUUGCAAAUAUCCCAUACGGCGUUGCCAGCAGUGCUGCUCACCCAGCCAAGUCUCCCGCAACACGAAUUGAGGAUACUGUGAUAUUUCUUGACGAGCUCGCAAAAAAUGGAGCUUUUUCUUCCCUCUCAUCAGAAGUAGCCAAAGCAUUUUCCGAGUCAACCCUCAACACCUUCGCAGCUCUCCCCAAACCCAUUCAAAAGCAAACGAGAAAUCUAUUUCAAGAGCUUCUCAAAGACCCAAAGAAUCUCCCAUCAGGAAGCACAGCCGCCAUCCAAGAUGUAACCAUGCACCUCCCCGUCUCCAUUGGCGACUUCACCGAUUUCUCCUGCUCCAAAGAGCACGUCCUCAAUGCCGGCGAGGCAAUAAUGAAGAAGCGCUUCCUACCUCCUGGAUUUUUGCACUUCCCAGUCGGAUACACAGGACGUUCUUCUUCAAUUAUAGUUUCCGGAACUCCCGUCAUGAGACCGCGAGGUCAGUAUCGGGAUGCGAAGGGUGAGGUGGUCUAUAGUGCGUCUCAGCAAUUGGAUUAUGAGCUGGAGGUGGGAUGUAUUGUUGGGAAACCAAAUGCGCUUGGAGAUAGUAUCGCCGUGAGCGAUGCUGAUGAGCAUAUUUUUGGACUUGUGUUGUUGAAUGAUUGGAGUGCUCGCGAUAUUCAAGGGCUUGAAAUGGUGCCUCUGGGUCCUCUCAAUGGCAAGAGCUUCUCAACAUCUAUCUCGCCUUGGGUCGUCACGCUUGAUGCCUUGGAGGCCUUUCAAUGUCCAGCUCCGGCCAGAGAAUUGAAAGUCGCACCGUACCUGGCAGACUCCAAAACAGACAACACUUACAGCAUUGAGUUGAAAGCUGAGCUGGUGGCUGACGGCCAAGCAACUACCAUCUGCGAGUCUCAAUUGAGGACGAUGUAUUGGAGUUUCAGGGACCUGCUUGCGCAUCAGACGAGCAAUGGAUGCAAUCUGAAUACGGGAGAUAUCUUGGCGACCGGUACUAUUUCAGGGGAGACGGAUACUAGUCAUGGGUGUUUGCUUGAGUUGACGAAGGGUGGUGAGAAGGAUUUUGAUGUUGCAGGUGGGUUGAAGAGGAAGUUUUUGGAAGACGGUGAUAGUAUUAGAAUUUCUGCAAGCUGUGGGAAUGGUGUUGGAUUUGGAGAGUGUGUUGGGAAGGUUUUACCUGCUCGUUAAUGGGGCUCAGCACAAAUUCAAGAGCUAUUGGA